AUGGACGACAAGUCUUAUAGCACAUCGAUUUCUGCUGGGAAUGGCGAAGGCUGGCUAUGUCAAACUGCGAGCCAUUCUCUUCUUGAUCUACCGGACUCGGCCCUUCGCAGGAUUCUGCGGGUUUUCGCGACAGUUAGCCAGCCCGCCACGAACAUCACACUUGUGAACAAGCGUCUCCGCAUGCUCGCUCUUCCUUAUAUUCUCCAUACUAUCACCAUUUCUUCCCAGGACGCCUUCAAUCGGCUAGCACACGGUCCUUACUCGCCUCUAUGCUACCAACCUUUUGCAAAACACGUUCGCAGCCUCGAGGUACGGUACGACCCCAUCCAAUCAGGCCACCUUUGCCCAAAUAUCCGCUUGGAAUGCCGCAACGUCAAGACAGUUUCUUUCAGAUUUACUGCUGGCGCUUGCCUGAAGGAUACACGGCUUGAAGAAACACGUCGGGCACUGUUCGAAGACACGCUGUGCAGGGCGAGUAAACGGUCAAUAAAUGCGUCUUGGUUAGACCUCUUUCUCCAGCUCAACCCACGGCGGUUCGAAUGGAAAACGAGGAGGUCCUCAGAAUUGCAUCUCGUUGGGAUGUACGGCACCUGGAACCAGCUCUUCAAUGGAUGGACCAACCUUUCCUACGCGUUUCUCGAUGGUAUCUGUCUCGUGGAUCAGGCAGAUCCUAUUUGCUUCAGCAUUUCCCUCCCUGCUCAGCGGGUACACAUAAGAAACGGUCGAUCCAACUGGAUGGCAUUGCUGCAUUAUGGACCUUCCAUCUUGACGAAUACUGGUCCCUGUCAGCAGCUUCUACUCAAUAACAAGGACAGACCACGGAAAAGAGAAGUUCCUGCGGUCGUCUUGGGAUCGACAGUUGUUUCUCUCAAAGGUUGGAGCCGUGCCGAUCGUCGCAACUUCAGAGUUCAGAUGACAGAAGCCUAUUUGUUGGCGCUUUUUCCUCCUCCGGUUUCGCAGGGGAAGUCAAAUCGUCCUGGCAUCGGUGGAAGCUUCAAGACUUGGUUCUUCUAUUGGAUGGAUCUCCUGGUUAUCUGUCUCAUUCUUGGCUUCUCUUUCUUCAUACCCAGAUUCUUCGCGGAUUGCCUCAAAGUGUUGACGUUAACUUCGGAUUUAUCUCUCUAUCAAGCGGACAUCUGGACAAUUAUGAGCACCUUCAAGCAUCAGAUUCAGUGGUAG